UAUGUAGAAAAAGUAAAAAUUUUUAAUGGAAAAAUAAGAAACUAUUGUACUCAACAGUGGCCGAAUGGAUAAAAUUACUGAACCGUGGUUCUAUUGAGGUUCCAGGCUCUUAUCUCAUCAAAUAGCUGGCCACGUAAAGUUUUCUGAAUUUUCUUUACGUGUCUAACACUAAAUAGAGAGUUUCCCAUAGAAAGUCCUACCGGGAGGCAUUCCUCCUUGGUCCAUAUAUUGCGUUGCCUUAGCCUCUCACUUCGUUUAUUCCAUUACAUACUGUAAUAAAUUAAAUAUUGAUAUAAUAUUAACUUGUAAAUUAACCUUAAAAUUACAAAGAAUGUCAUUAAUUCAACUAAUUUUUAUAAGUUAACGAAAGUUUAUUGCUUUAUCUUAAUCCUUAUCUUUACUGAUUGAAUCUACGUAGAUUUGGUCCCUCUGUAAUGGCAGCACUUUCACUUCAGGUCCAGCAGAAUAUUUGGCUCAGACCUCACAUUUACGGGAGCUUAUUUCAUCGAAUUUCUUGCAUAUUAAGAAAAGAAUCUUUAAUUCUGGAAAAAUUUAUUAUUUAAAAAAGAUCCGUGAUGACGUUCAAUGGGAAAUAGGGGCAAAUUUCCGUGAAGAAAAAACCCAUAAAAAGAAAUUCCGGAAAACUCCACGUGGCCCACCCGUUGGUGAAGUGCGAACCCAUGCCACUAACUACCAGUGUUCAGUGGUUUUAUCCAUUCGGCCACUGGUAGACAAUAUAUCUUCGUAAAUUAAUGUAAUUGUGGCCAUAGUUCUUAAUUUUUAAUUGAACUACGCCAACAAGAGGGAGGGUCCGUAAUGAUUCCAACCCUUACAAAAUAUUAUUUCUGCUAACAAGUAAUAAAAUCUUUAAUACAGCUUUUUGUUAACAAAACAUUCUACAUAUUUAAUUAAUUUACAGUGGUUUCCAUGGAUGGGAAUUCAUGUGAAACGUAAUAAGGUCCAAGGAAUUUACGGCCAUUUAUCAGAAAUGUUAAACAUUUUGUCUACUGUUAUGAAUUUCAGUUACUCGCUAGUUACACCUGCUGAUCGUCAAUGGGGUGCUCCUGUUGGAGACGGAAAUUGGACUGGAAUGAUUGGUAUGCUUCAGCGUGAUGAAGCUGACAUAGCUAUGGGUCCAUUCGCAAUUACAUAUUUUCGUGCUCAAGUAGUAGACUACACUCAUCUCUUCACUAGUAAUUAUUUAGCUGUUAUGGCAGGAAGAUUAAAAGAUCACCAUCCUAGUUUCUUCAGUUAUAUAUUAACUUUUGGAUGGGAGAUCUGGUUUGGAAUUUUCUUAUCUUGGGUAACAUUAUCAUUGGGCAUGACUGCUGUUGAUAUGGUACAUAAUAUUAAAUGGAGAUCAUGGGAGAAGGCUAAAUCGAGAUAUAUGUACCACUUUUGGGUAUACUUCAGCAAUUUAUUUUGCGAGUCAUCUCCCACCACUCCAACUCAGACAUCUGCUAAGUUUUUAGUUCUGGUAUGGUGGCUAGCAAUCAUCGUUCUGAUGAAUGGAUUUAGUGGAAAUUUGAAAGCAAAGUUGAUGACUGAAGAAGAAAUACCGCGAAUUGAAUCAAUUGGAGAUGUUCUUGUAAGGAAAGAGAUUCAACCUUAUAUAAUGAGAGGAUCUGCAUAUGAAACUUACAUACAGCAUACACAAACUGAAGAGUUUCAGCAAUUUUGGAGGAGGAUAGUCAGCACAAAUGGGCGAGUGUUAGAAGAAAUGUACAGUUAUGAAACGUUGAAACGGGUGCUGAGAACCGAAGUAGUUGUAGUCAAUGAUUACUGGUCCAUGCAAGACGCAUUAGCUAGAAAAUGUUCCGAUUUAUCUGAAGGACUGUUUUAUUUUGGCAAUCAACACUUCUUUCCACAUCCAUUUGCAAUGGCUCUAAAUAAGAGAUUACCUAAAGAACUUGGAAGAGAAAUUAGUAAGAGGGUUAAUUGGGUAAUGCAAAGCAACAUUGUAAGUAGAUGGGCGGCUCGUACCAAUUACAAUUGGACCAAGUGCACCCAACAAGAUGCGAACCAAGAAGAAAAGCCUUUAACUUUAGUUGAUUUAGAAGGGUUUUUUAUAUUAUAUCUCUUGAUAUCUGCUUUUUGUUUUAUUGUGUUAAUAUUGGAGAAUAUUAGAAAUAUAAUUCGAUUCUCUAAGAGGGCUUUUAACAGAAUAAAACGCAUUUAUACUAAAUUUUCGAAAUAAUCAUUAAAACAUUGCUACAAAUGUAUCAGGAAGAAUAUCGAUAAAUUGAUGUUUAAAUGCUCCUAAAACGAUAUAGUAGAAAAAUUCGAUAAAUUGAUGUUUAAAUUCUCCAUUAAUUGCGUGUAUUGAAACAUCUGUUACUUUCUUGUAUGGAGUUUUAAAGUGUAAUUAUUGUGCUUUAAAUAAAAAAGAAAGUAGUAAAAGUCUGUUAUCAAACUUUCUAAGAGCUCAAUUUAUUUUUCUGGAACACUUUUAACAUCCAUUAGCAAUAAUUUUAAAGUGACAAAUUGAAAAAUCACAUCUUGCAUCUUCCAUAAGAUAUAAUGCAUCAUGAUCAAUCAUCAUCAUGUCAUAGAAGAAAUUGAUUAUCGCGAGACGAAAAACCCUCCCAUUUUUUCAAAUAUAUUUAUAUAAAAGAACUCGGUAAAUAAGCUUUAAAUUCUUUAAUCGUUUCGUUUAUUUUCUGUGUCAAUCAUGAAAUUUAUCAUAUUUAUAUUUAUGUUUGGCGUGGCAAAACUUGAGAGUUCUGACAAACCGUUCUAUAAUCUGAGAGUUGCUUUCAAUACAGUUAAUAUAUUUUGGCUUUUGCUUAAUAGUUUGUAAGUUCUUACGUAGUUAAUGUUUUCCUUCUUCUUUAGUGGUUACCAUGGACAGAUGCAUAUUAUCAAGGAGAGAAAGUUUACAUCACAGGAGGAUACAUGAAGAAAGUUUUAGAUAUAAUGUCUCGAUAUGCUCGCUUUAAGUAUGGUUUUCUUUAGAGAUAACUCGACUUAGCACUGAAAUUUUUGUAGAAUUCUACAGCCGUAAAUUUAUAAUUUCUCAAAUUUCUACGAUUCUUUUCUAGUUAUACAAUGCUUAUUCCUGCUGAUAAACAAUGGGGAACGCUUUUACCCAAUGGAAGUUUUACAGGAUUGAUUGGAAUGCUGAGUAGAAAUGUAAAUAGAUUAGGUAUUCUUUUA